CAGGUCCGCCCGCAGCCGCCGCACGUGUGCCGUGCCCCGGGAGCGGCGGCUGCCAGACCCGGCCAAGAUACAAAUGACUAUUCUUUAAACUGAACUAUGAGUCUUGCAUUACAUGAUCUGCUUGUUUGUUGUCGUCGCCUUGAAAAUGAGAAAGCUGUGGAGCGAAGGAAGGAAGUUGAAAAUUUCAAGAGACUUCUCUGUGACUCUGAAACAGUUCGCCAGCUGGACCGGAAUUCUGAUUUUAAGCAAGGAAAGCAACUCAACUGGGAUGCUGUAUUUAGUGUCUUGCAGAAAUAUUUCCAGAAAGAAAUUAGAAAUCUGCAGCAGACAAAACCAAAUGCAUCUGCUUCAACCCAAACUACGAGACAGAAAAAGAUACAAGAAGUUGGAAGCCUGGUCAAAUACUUCAUCAGAUGUGCUAAUAAAAGAGGACCGAGGCUGAAAUGUCAGGAACUUCUGAUUUACGUCAUGGAAAUUAUGAGGGAUCCAACAAGUUGUGCUGCAUACGGUUCUGACUGUAGUAACAUACUCCUAAAAGAUAUCCUCUCAGUAAGGAAAUACUGGUGUGCGAUAUCCCAGCACCAGUGGUCAGAGUUGCUGAUCCUGUAUGGCCAGUUAUACCUCAAGCCUUCUGGAAAUAUUAGUAGAGUCUUGGUGGCUAGGGUAAUUCACACACUUAUGAGGGGGUACUGCUUCCAAACUGACGGGUUGAGUUCUGAUAUGCUUAUCUUCUUUUCAAAAGCAAUGCAAUCUGCAAGACAGGAGAAGAAUAGUGCAGGCCUGGAUCAUAUUGUUGGAGCAAUGAAUAUCUUCUGCAAUAAGUUUGCUGACAACUGUCGCAUACAGAUUUGUAAAGUAGGGGAAGAAAUUUUGCCAACGUUGCUUUAUAUAUGGACUCACUAUAGACCAAAGGAUUCCCUGAAGGAAUCAAUAAUUGAGUUAUUUCGUCUCCAAGUUCAUAUUCAUCAUCCAAAGGGUGCAAAAACUCAGGGAAGAGGUGCAUAUGACUUAACAAAAUGGCAAAGUAUCUUGCAUAACCUGUAUGAUCUUCUCGUGAAUGAAAUAAAUCUCAUCAGUAGUAGAGGAAAGUAUUCUUCAGGCUCUCGUAAUAUUGCUGUAAAGGAAAAUUUAAUUGAGUUAAUGGCUGAUAUUUGUCAUCAGGUUUUUACAGAGGAUACCAAAGUCCUUGAAAUUACCCAGUCAUUUGCUGUUACCCAAAGAGAGCCCAGUGAGGACACAGUACCAAACAAGCGCAGGAGGAUUGAACUAGGCUGGGGGGUCAUUCGAGACAACGUGCAAAUGUCCCAGAAGGAUUUUGAUGUCAUACCUUGGUUACAGAUUACAACUCAAUUAAUAUCAAAGUAUCCCAUGAGUCUUCCUAGCAAUGAGCUACCUCCCUUGCUCAAUGUACUUCACCAGUUACUGCCUCAGCAGCGCCGAGGAGAGAGGACCCGAUACGUGCUGAAGUGUCUCACAGAGGUAGCUUUGUGCCAAACCCAGAAAACUGAUUUGAAAAGCACCCACAAGUUGGAGCUCCAGAGAACCUGGGCAAAGAUUUGGACUCUUACCAUUCGCAGUGUAAGCUUCCAGCAAAUUGAAGUGGAGAGCUUUGGGCUACUUGGAGCUAUGAUUCAAGGAAACAUUGUCGUGACAGAUAAAGAACUGUGGAAGAUCUUUUCAGGACCUGCAUGCAAGCCUUCAAGCUCUUCUGUAUGUUGUUUAUCAUUAGUGAUGUCUGCCUACUCCAUGCCAGAAAAUUUGGACACAGGAAUGGAACAUAAUAUUUCUGAAAGAAAUCUUGAUUCUGCAUUAAGGGAGGCAAUAAUGAAAUGGCUCCUGUCCUGCAAUUUGGAGGAAGAGAUAGAAGAAUGUGCAGAAUUGCCUCCUGUGCUCUGCAGUGAUUUUCCUCAUCUCGUAUUACAAAAAAUUCUUGUGAGUCUUACAAUGAAGAACUGUAGAGCUGCUAUGAACUUCUUCCAAAAUGAUGCUAAAUGUGAGCAACAUGUGCAGAGUAAAGAAGAAAACGGUUUUUCUGAUGUCGAAGAGCUGUACCUGCAGACAACAUUUGAUGAAAUGGAUAUUUUCACUAACUUUGCAGUAAAUGUUGCAGAUAAAAACGUGACUGGUUCAAGACUUGCCAUCAACCAAAAUCUUAGGGAAACACUGGAGAAUUGCCUUUUAGCAAUGUCAGAAAAGCUUUUAAGCAAUUGUGCUCCUAAGUCUAAGGUUCUUGCUGCUGAACACCUUGUCCGAUGUGUCAGUCUCUUGGUUGGUGUUCUUGGUUGCUAUUGCUACACUGGUAUAUUUAAAGAAGAGGAUGCCUGUAAAUCAGAGUUGUUCCAGAAUGCUAAGUCUCUCAUUCACUAUGCUGGAGAAAGCAUUUCUCAGUCAAAAAACAAACUAAAUGAAGAUACCCAUGUCAACUCUCUGAGGACUUUGAUAAUGCAGUAUACAAAAUGUUUGUGCAAUUGCACCAAGAACAGUGCUAAUAAGAUAUUGUCUACUAUAUUCCUGCGUUUGUUAACAUCAAAAUUUAUGAACGAUCUCAUAGAUAUUUGCAAAAAUCUCAUGACAGCUACUGGAAAACCAAGCGUACUGGGAGAAGUGGAUCUCAGGAAUGAUCCUGAGGAGAGUAUAAUGGAAGUAGAUAACCAGGUAUCUGAUGAUCUGUUUGAUAAUCGUUCAGUGACUGACAUCAGUGAUACACAUGAAUCUGGUGAUAUGCAAACUGCAACAGGUGCUGUGAGCCCAUUAGCUGAGGAACAGUUGACAAAGCAGGAUUUACUUCUCCUUGAAAUUGUGAGGUUCUUAUGUAUUUGUGUAACUACAGUCCAAACUCAGACAGUGAGCUUCCGAGCCUCUGACAUCCGGCGGAGGCUGUUAAUGCUUACUGAUGUCAGUGUCUUUGAUGGCACUAAACCAUUACAUCUGCACAUGUACUUGGUUCUUUUGAAGGAGCUCCCUACUGAAGAACACCUCUUGCCUGCAAUGGAUGCAGAUAUGCUUCUGAAACCUCUUCCUAUUGUAUGUUCUUUGUACCGUCGAGAUCAAGAAGUCUGUAAAGAAAUUCUGAAUAAUUUGCUCCCUAUAGCAGUAGGGUUGGCCCAGUCUGAUGCGCAUGCUGAAGAGACAGGGAGUGCCAGAGGACAGUUUUUGACAGUUGUUGGAGCCUUUUGGCAUUUAUCUCAAGGAGGGAAGUGCAUUGCAUCAGUAAGAGUGGCCCUUUUAAACUGCAUGAAAGCUCUGCUUGAGGCUGAUCCUCAUUGCAAGUGGGCAAUCCUCAAUGUGAGAAAUGAAGAUCUACCUGUGAAUGAUGCCUUCCCACAUUUCCUUGCAGACAGUCACCAUCAAGUUCGCAUUCUUGCUGCAAAGUCAAUUAUCAGUUUGUUUCAAGAUGUGAAACAGAGAGAUUCUUCUGGAAUGUCAAAACCUCUUCCCUUGAAGCUCCAGCAGAAGGCUUUUGAGAAUGCAUAUCUCAGAGUUCAGGAAGGAAUGAGAAACCUGGUCAGGGGUGACGCGAGUCCUGAAGAGCUUUUGGACAAACAGCAUAAUGGAAAAGCGGUUUUGCUGAUGCUUAUAACCAUGGUCCUGUGCUGCAGUCCAGUCUGUGAAAAGCAAGCUUUGUUUGCCCUUUGCCAGUCUGUGAAAGAGAAUGGAUUAGAACCUCACCUGGUGAAAAAGGUUUUGAAGAAAGUAUCUGACAUUUUUGGCUAUAAAAGUAUAGAAGAAUUCAUGACAUCACAUUUAGACUAUUUGGUGAUGGAGUGGCUGAAAAUAAAUGACAGUGGAUACAGCCUAUCUGCAUUUCCUUAUGUUCUUCUGAACUAUGCUAGCCUUGAAGAAUUCUACAGGUCUUGUUAUAAAGUUCUGGUUCCACACCUUGUGGUUAGAAGUCAAUUUGAAGAUGUGAAGUCACUUGCUGACAAGAUUGAAAAAGACUGGAGACAGGUUCUCACAGACUGUUUUCCAAAGUUACUUGUGAAUAUCCUUCCGUAUUUUGCCUAUCAAAGCCAUGGAAUGAGUGAAGUAGUGGAGCAAAGAGAUACAGCUUCUAAAGUCUACGACAUGCUUAAGGAUGAAAACUGCUUAGGAAAACAGCAAAUAGACAAUUUGUUUCAUAAUAACUUACCAGAGAUUGUGGUUGAACUGUUGAUGACUUUACAUGAACCACCUGGUACCACGGUAGAAGAAGGAACUCAUCUAAGUAAAUACGUAAGAGAACUGGAUCCUGCUCCCAAUCCUCCUCAUUUUCCAUCCUCUGUGAUUAAGGCAACCUUGGACUAUAUUAGCAACUGUCAUAAAAGCAAAUUAAAAAGUAUUGUAGCAGUUCUUUCUAAAAACCCUGAUUCAUUCCAGAAAAUCCUUCUAGCCCUUUGUAAGCAUGCAUCAGAUACAAACAACAUUUAUAAGAAACAGAGAGUUCUUCUAAUUUAUCACUUGUUUGUUAGUCUCUUACUUAAAGAAAUAAAAGAUGGUUUAGGCGGAGCCUGGGCUUUUGUACUCCGAGAUGUAAUUUACACCCUGAUUCACCACAUCAAUAGCAGACCUGUUGUUAUGAGAGACAUAUCCAUGCGCAGCUUUUCACUCUGUUGUGAUCUCCUUCAUCACGUUUGCCACACAGCGGUUACGUGCAGCAGUGAUGCUCUAGAAACACACCUUCAUGUUAUUGUAGGAACCCUAAUACCUCUUGCCAUGAACCAGUCUGAGAUUCAGGACCAGGUCCUAGGCUUGUUGAAGUAUCUGGUGAUAGAUAAUAAGGAUAAUGAAAAUCUUUAUCACGCAAUCAAAUGCUUAGAUCCUUUUCCUGAACAUCCAGCUUUUAAAGAUUUGCGAGCAACUCAGCAGAAAAUAAAAUACAGUAAAGGACCAUAUUCUCUUUUGGAGGAAAUUAAUCACUUUCUCUCAGUUGGUGUUUGUGAUUCACUGCCCUUAACACGGCUUGAAGGACUGUAUGAUUUACGCAAACAACUGGAACAAUACAAAGAUCAGAUGAAGGAUCUCCUGAAAAAUUUCCAGGAAAAACCAGAAGAUUCUGUAGUAGUGAAAUUGGUAGUGAGCUUACUGCAGCUGUCCAAGAUGGCAGUUAACCAUACAGGAGAAAAAGCAGUGCUGGAGGCUGUUGGAAGUUGCUUGGGAGAAAUAGGUCCCAUGGAUUUCUCCGCCAUAGCUCUUCAGCGUGCUGAAAAUGCAUUGGAUUCUAGAGCAGCAGACUUAUUUGAAGAUAGAAAACGUCAGUGGGUCUUCAUAAUGUUAAUGCAAAUAAAUACUGCGUUAACAGAUAAUUGUAUUGAUGUUAGAGCUGCUGCUGUUUCCUGUUUGAAAAACAUAUUAGCCACAGAGUCUGGCAGUGAAUUUUGGGAAGUUUAUAAAAAUAAAGCUGAUCCGCUGUUAGUCUAUCUACAGCCUUUCAGAACAUCUAGAAAAAAGUUUCUUGUAGUAUCUGCUGAUGAUACAGAGGCUCGUUUAGAAACUUUGGAUGACACAAACCUGUGGAUUCCUCUGGGAGAAAGUCAUGAGACCUGGAUCAAGCACCUAACUAGUUCAAUAUUGGACAGUGGAGGUGUGAAAAAUGAAGUUUUACAGUUAAUGAAGCCACUGUGUGAGGUGAAAACAGACUUGUGUCAAACUUUGCUUCCAUACUUGAUUCACGAUAUAGUUCUUCAUGACUCAGAUGAAUCUUGGAGAAAUCUUCUGUCACUUCAUAUCCAGAAGUUUUUUACAGCCUGUUGCAAAUAUGCCUCGUCUAGUAGAUCUACUCCAAAUUCGGAUUCAGAGCAAGAAACCCAUAAUUUUAGAAGUUUGGAUAAAGUAUCUCGACGAACCAUGCUUGCUGUUGUUGAUUACUUAAGAAGACAAAAGAGAUCUGCUUCAGGUACAGUUUUUGAUGACAGCUUCUGGCUGGAUCUGAAUUAUCUUGAGGUUGCUAUAGCAGCACAGUCUUGUGCUGCUCACUUCACAGCCUUGCUCUACGCAGAAAUCUACGCAGACAAGAUAAAUAGAGACAAACAGCAAGAAAGAUCUUCUUUUAAAGCAGCCAAGAGUUUGACAUUUGAAGAAGAAAGUCAAAAAACAACUAUUAGUACUUUGAAUGAAAAAAGUAAAGAAGAAACUGGCUUAAGUUUACAGGACCUUCUCAUGGACAUAUACAGAAGCAUUGGAGAACCUGACAGUCUCUAUGGCUGUGGUGGAGGAAGAAUGUUACAGCCAUUAGCACGGCUAAGAACAUAUGAGCAUGAAGCAGUAUGGGAGAAAGCCCUUGUAACAUAUGACCUUGAGACAAGCCUCUCUCCAUCUACUCGCCAGGCAGGAAUAAUAGAGGCUUUGCAGAAUUUUGGUCUUUGCCACACUCUCUCCAUGUAUUUGAAAGGGCUGGAACAUGAAAACACUGAGUGGUGCACGGAACUGCAGGAAAUGCGCUACCAGGCAGCAUGGAGGAAUAUGCAAUGGGGCCACAUCUCUUUUGUCAGAGAUGAAACAGAAAGACCAGGUUACCAUGAAUCACUGUAUGAUGCUCUUCAGUCUUUACGAGAUAAGGAAUUCUCUGCUUUUCAUGACAGUCUUAAAGAUGCCAGGGUGAAUGAAGUCAAAGAACUGUGCAAAGGCAGUCUUGAAUCUGUUUAUUCAUUAUACCCAACCCUUUGUAGACUACAGCUGAUUGGAGAGUUGGAAAACACAGGUCUGCUGUUCUCCAGAUCUGUUACUACUCAACAACUGAAUGACAUUUAUUUGAAAUGGCAGAGACACUCCCAACUUCUCAAGGACAGUGACUUCCAUUUCCAGGAACCCAUCAUGGCUCUGCGCACUGUAAUUUUGGAAAUCUUGCUUGAGAAGGAGAAUGACAAUACCAAAAGAGAAUGUAUUAAAGACAUCCUGACCAAACAUCUGGUGGAGCUCUCUAGAUUGGCAAGAACUGCUAAAAAUACACAGCUUCCAGAAAGAGCUAUGUUUCAGAUCAAACAACACAAUCCAGAGGGAUGUGGCGUUUCUGAAUGGCAACUAGAAGAAGCUCAGGUUUUCUGGGCUAAAAAAGAAGAGAGUCUUGCACUGAAUAUACUUAAAACGAUGAUAAAAAAAUUAGAUGCAGAUUGGUUUCAGGUUGAGAAUGAUCCUCACCUGAAACUGAUGUAUACAGAGUGUCUGAGGCUGUGUGGAACCUGGUUAGCAGAAACGUGCUUGGAAAACCCUACAGUCAUCAUGCAGAAAUACUUAGAAAAGGCUGUGGAAAUUGCUGCAAGCCACAGUGGAGAGAGCAGUGAUGAGCUGAAGAAAGGAAAGAUGAAGGCCUUCCUGUCUUUGGCUCGUUUCUCUGAUAAUCAGUACCAGCGAAUUGAGAAUUACAUGAAAUCCUCAGAGUUUGAAAAUAAGCAGGCACUACUGAAGAAGGCCAAGGAGGAGGUCGGCCUCAUCAGGGAGUGUAGAGUUCAAACCAAUAGAUACACAGUGAAGGUUCAGCGAGAACUUGAACUGGAUGAAUGUGCCAUACAAGCCCUGACUGAGGAUCGUAAACGUUUCCUGUGUAAAGCAGUGGAGAACUAUAUCAGCUGUUUACUAAGUGGAGAAGAACAUGAUAUGUGGAUAUUCCGACUCUGUUCUCUGUGGCUUGAAAAUCCUGGAGUUGACAGAGUCAAUGAAAUGAUGAAGAAAAAUGCACAGAAGAUUCCCUCAUACAAGUUUUUGCCUCUGAUGUACCAGCUGGCUGCUCGGAUGGGAACUAAGAUGAUGGGUGGUUUAGGAUUUCACGAAGUUCUGAAUAAUGACAGAAUGGAGGCUGCUAGCACUAUAAUCAAUAUCGUAAGAAAAAAGAGAGCUCAUAUGGUUAGAGACAUCGGAGCACUUUGUGAUGCUUACAUCACAUUAGCAAAUGUAGAUGCUACUCCGUGGAAAUCUCAAAGAAAACAAAUAAGUAUUCCAGCUGACCAGCCAAUUAUUAAACUGAAGGACCUGGAUGUUGUUGUUCCUACCAUGGAAAUUAAGGUGGAUCCCACAGGACAAUAUGAAAAUUUGGUCACAAUAAGAUCUUUCAAGCGAGAAUUUCUUUUAGCAGGAGGCAUGAAUCUGCCUAAAAUAAUAGAUUGUGUAGGAUCAGAUGGUAAAGAAAGGAGGCAGCUGGUUAAGGGGCGUGAUGACCUCAGACAAGAUGCUGUCAUGCAACAAGUUUUCCAGAUGUGCAAUACAUUGCUCCAGCAAAACACUGAAACACGAAAGAGAAAAUUAAAUAUCCGAAGAUACAAGGUGGUUCCCCUUUCCCAGAGAAGUGGUGUUCUCGAGUGGUGUUCAGGAACAACUCCCAUUGGGGAGUUUCUAGUCAAUGUCGAACAAGGAGCUCACAGGAGGUACAGGCCAGGAGAUUACUCUGGUUAUCAAUGUCAAAAAAUAAUGAUGGAUGCACAAAAGAAACAACCUGAAGAGAAAUACAGAAUCUUCUUGCAAGUCUGUGAGAAUUUUCAACCUGUGUUUCGAUAUUUCUGCAUGGAAAAAUUCCCGGAUCCAGCUGUGUGGUUUGAAAAACGAUUGGCAUACACUCGUAGUGUGGCUACAUCUUCUAUAGUUGGCUACAUUCUUGGACUUGGAGACAGACAUGUUCAGAAUAUCUUGAUAGAUGAACAAACGGCAGAACUAGUGCAUAUAGAUCUGGGGGUUGCCUUUGAGCAAGGUAAAAUCCUUCCCACACCAGAGACUGUUCCAUUUAGAUUGACCAGGGACAUUGUGGAUGGAAUGGGAAUUACUGGCGUGGAAGGAGUCUUCAGAAGAUGCUGUGAGAAAACAAUGGCUGUUAUGAGAAAUUCUCAAGAAGCUUUGCUGACUAUUGUAGAGGUGCUGCUCUAUGAUCCUCUUUUCGACUGGACCAUGAACCCCCUGAAAGCUUUGUACCUGCAGCAGAGACCAGAGGAUGAGGCUGACAUGAGCUCUACACUCAAUACUGAUCCACAGGAACGUAAAAGAAAAGCCAGCAGUGACGACCAGAGCUUUAACAAAGUGGCGGAGCGUGUUCUGAUGAGACUCCAGGAGAAGCUGAAAGGUGUUGAGGAGGGAACAGUGCUCAGUGUAGGAGGGCAAGUGAACCUCCUCAUACAGCAGGCCAUGGACCCUAAAAAUCUGAGCCAACUCUUUCCCGGAUGGAAACCCUGGGUGUGACUCCAGAGGAUCCAGCAUUCUUUAAAAAAAAAAAAAAGAUAUUUCUAUGCAGCGUCUUAACAUUUCAAACUGGUAUUUCAUAAAUAAAUGAAUAAUCAGGAGCAACCAUGAAGCCUUAUACAUAUUAGCAUUCAGUGAAUGGUUUGGGUUUUUUUCAGUAACAUGUAACUGAGAAAACAUUUUUUGUCCAGUUAGGUUCACCAUACAGUAUAAAACACUGAGCUUUGAUGUUCCUUUUGCCCCUCAAGGACUUUGCUUGGGCAUACUGGUUGCAUUGUAUUCUUAAAGCCUGAGAUUCAUCCCUCUGUAUAUAUGUUAAAUAGCUGGAAUCUUGUGUCUAGUAAUUCUGUGUGGUAACAUGACUGCAGAAUGGGUGAUCUAAAAACCAGCAGUCAUGAGAUAACUAGCUGAAGUACGUUUCUAAAGGGAAGUUAUACUUUAAAAUAAU